AUGGCCAAGUAUUUGUCGACCCCAAAGGCAACGCGGUCCGCCCUCAGCCGAGGAUGGUUCAGCAGCUCGGAAGGGGACGACGCCCUAGACGAGGAUCAGAAAGAGUGGCUGUUCAAGGCCAUACACGCCAUUUACACGGUGUACAGGUGCUGCGCUUUCCAUAUUCCCCAUGAGGAGAAGGAGUCGUGGUACAUGGCAACCCUUUGGUCAUUCUUGUUGCCAUUUCUCAACGAAGGCAACACGCUAGUGUACCGCCCUGGAGAGGCGGUGUCAGAGGCGUCGGUCCUCCGCAAGAAUGCCACCAGGACCCUGGAGACCCGCCGAGUCUAUGGACACAAGAUUGACGGGUUGAUCUCCAGUACGAUGACGAGGCUCGAGUUUGGCGGUAUCGAGGCGGCCAAGACAGACGAGGGCGCUCAAAGCACCAAAGCUCUGAUGGAUACAAGAAAGAUGGCCAAAUUGCUGAAAGACAUGCACGACUGCAUUGUGAGCAAGACGGACGACGCGAACGCUCUGCAUGAGCUGGAAACCUUUGGCCUCCAGAUCAGUCGUACCAAGGUGACCAUCUACAGGCUCCGCAAGAUCCGUGUUGAUGGCCCGCACUACCAGUUGGUGAACCAUGGAUCCUACAUGUUCCCGCUUAGGCUAGCGGCAGCGGCGAUUAUCCGCUUGCUCGCCGCUCUGGUGGCCCUCAAGAAGUCGAUGGAGGAGAUGGACACCAAGAUUGCGGCGUGGACAAUCCCUGGCGUUCUGUUCGAGCAUGAGGUCCUUAUUCAAACACUCGACUCUCCUCGUUCUUCCAUUACGGAUGAGUCGUCCGUCUCUUAA